GAUUGAUCCAUUUGAAGAAGAGACACUUUUCAACGACACCCAUUCACUCGAUUCUGAUAGAGAUAGCAAAUGCCGAUUACCAGAAAAUUACAUUACUUGCUGGGAUUUCAUCAAUCUUUUGUGGAAGCUGGUUGCCAUCUUCGUUGCCAAGUGCAGGAGAGAAUCCAAGAGUGCCAAGUCCGACGGCACAGAAGCUAAGAAAUCAGUGCAUGGAAUUGGCAAGUGACAUUCUACAACUCCUCUUUUUGUUUGCUGCAUUAAUAUAUACUCUCUCUUUUUUUUCUAAUGCAUUUUGUUACUAUAUAAACAGGAAGAGAUGUAGAACAGCCUGGCCAUGACAACCACGGAGACUUUCAUUUGGACCCACAGCCUUCAGGUAAAAAUGUUUACAUGGUUCAUCACAUAGAAGGAAUUAUCUUCAUUUUGUAUACGUGGGCAAAUGAUUCAGCUCCGUCUCUAUACCGAGCUGCCACUUGACUGAGGACCAAACGAGUUGAGUCGCCCCAAGGCCUUAUACAAAGGCAUGCAGCAUCCUCUGUUUACUGACUCCAUGGCAUGUUUUUCAUUGAAGAAGUUGUUGGCAGGGGUGAAGGGCAUGUUUUAAUUGAAGGUGUUGGCGGACCCCAAGGGCAUCUUUUUGUUAAACGUGUUGGCAUAGAAAACCAAAACAUACUGCCCAUUCCGUCUUCAAAGCCAGUUCAAGUGCUUCCGCCCAACUAUGGCACGUGCUUCCUUGCGUUCAAGCUCGCCAUGAAGAUGUUGCUAGUUCUACUUGGAUUAGGGUAUAGGAGGAUAAACGACAUCAUAGAAAAGAAACAGAAGCACACAUGGGCAUUUCAAGUAAUGGAAGAACUUGUUUCCCAUGCAUCUAACUGGGAGUACGGCAACGAUGGGAGGAACCCUCUACUCACAGCACAGGAGGAAGCAACGCCCAUCAUUCCCCACAUCAAACCGGACGAAGAUCCUUCUCACACGUCUCAGAGUCCGAGUCCGAUACCCGAAAAUGCAUCUAUGAAGGAAAAAGAUGGAGGGACAAAGGAGACACCAAUUUUACUAGCUGCGAAGAUGGGUGUGGCAGAGGUGGUGGAGAAAAUCUUAGAAGUUUUCCCGAUUGCGGUACAUGACAUGAAUGAUGAGAAGAAGAACAUAGUGCUGUUGGCAGUGGAGAACAGGCAGCCCCAUGUGUACCAGCUUCUGCUAAAGAAGAAGCUUUUGCAAGAGACUGUGUUUAACAAAGUGGACCAUGAGGGGAACAGCGCCCUUCAUCUAGCUGCGACAAUGACCCAAAAUCGGCCCUGGCUUAUUCCCGGCGCCGCUCUUCAAAUGCAAUGGGAGAUCAAGUGGUUCAAGUUUGUCCAGGACUCCAUGCCUCGCCGUUUCUUUUUACAACACAACAACAAUGGAAAGACUCCGACAGAGAUCUUCACCGAGACGCAUAAAAAACUAAUCAAACAAGGUGGUAACUGGCUAACCAACACGUCCCAGUCAUGCUCAGUCGUGGCAGCUCUCAUUGCCACAGUUGCUUUUGCAACCGCAACGGCAUUGCCUGGUGGUGUGAAUCAAGAAAAUGGCAGCCCCACGCUAGAAGGCAAGCCAGCAUUCGAAGUGUUUGCUAUCUCCUCACUAAUCGCACUAUGCCUCUCUGUCACCUCGCUUAUCAUGUUCUUGGCAAUUCUCACUUCCAGAUACCAAGAGAGAGAUUUUGCUAGGGAUUUGCCAGUGAAGCUGAUAAUAGGACUCACCUCUCUCUUCAUCUCGAUUGCUUCCAUGUUGGUUUCCUUCUGUGCUGGCCAUUUCUUCGUGCUCAAAGACAAGCUAAAGUAUGCAUCAUAUCCUUUGUAUGGACUUACAUGUUUGCCUGUCACAUUCUUCGCACUAGCUCAGUUUCCGCUCUAUAUAGAUCUUCUCAAGUCGAUCAUCAAACGUGUUCCGCAACGUACGUAUAAGAUUCUUUCUUUCUAG